GGCACGGAGUGCUGCUGGUUUCGGACCCCGGGACCCUCCGGCCCAGCCCAGGCCCAGGCCCAGGCCCAGGCCCGGUCCCGCCUCGCCCCGCCCCGCCCGGCACCGGCACCCCCUGGGGCUAUGGAGUUCCCGGACGCUCUCUUCCCCUGCUACUUCGGCGCUGGCCCGCCCCGGGAGGAGGGGGGCCCCGCUCCGGCCGCUGGCUGGGGCGAGCACGGGCAGGUGCUGGGGGCUGGCCGUUCCAGCCGCCAGGCCGAGACGGCGUUCGUGCCCCACCGCGGCCAGACGGGCGAGAGCUGGGAACCUGCCGACGCCGCUGCGGUGCCUUUUCUGCCUCCCAACGAGAGCUGCUGCAUCCCCUCGCUCACACCUCAGGACAUUCUCUACCGUGGCUUCCUGCGCAGGAAGCUCCGGACAGACAAGUCUGGAGCCACCUUGAACUUCACCAAGCAGCUGGGCCAUUUCUUUGUGGAUCACCCAGAAGAUGCAUUUGGCUCCCUUGGACAGCUGCUGCACAAGAACUUCUACCUGGGCAACUCCAAGGUGACGAGACGGGCUCGGAGCAGUACUAUCCGGAUGACGGCCCUGAUGGAGGAAAUUGCCCGUCUGGAGGCCAGGCGAGGCUGCCCCCAGCAGUACCUCACCUCCCGUCUGCGUUGGUUCUCCCACCUCAGCCGCGACUGGCUCUUUGAGGUGCCGCUGGGGCUGCUGGGGGACUGCGUGCAUGAGGACCUGCUGCUACAGUGGGCCGGCCUCCUCUUCGAUGACGGCCCUACAGGGGGGGCACUGGCCUGGCUGCCCCCCAGAGAUGGGGGGGCACACAGAGGCUGCCUGGUGUACCCCGGAGGGAAGGCCAUGAACCACCUCUAUUUCCAGGACGUGGUGCUGAAGGAGCUGCCCCGCACCCGGGGCUCCCCAGCCCAAUUUGAGCUCAAUGGGCGCAUCCGGCAAGUGGCUGCCACUCGGGUGGAUAGGGAAGAUUUUGUUGGUAUCCGCUCAGACUAUCACUGCGGUGUUUGGAGGGUGCCAGGCAGGACAGGGGCAACCCCCACCCCACUGCAGGUCAUCCGUACCAGCGUGCCUGCCUCCUGCCUCACUGUCAGCCCUCACCUACCUGGGGAACUGGCUGUCUGCACCCAGAGUGGAGCCGUCUACCUCUGGAGCGUUGAGACAGGGCUGCAGAAGCUCCGACAUGACCCCCAGACUAUGUUUUUUUGUGACCAUUCACCCUGGCGCUGGAGCGAAUUCACAGCCCACCCGCGGGUGCUGAGCUGUGCUGACCGCACUGGCGUGCAGUGCCUGGACACCCGGGCCCCCGAGAGAUGCUACUUCAACUUGUUCAAGGCAGGUGAGGCAAAUGGUUGCCAACAGGGUGAGCGCGUGGUGCUGCCCAUGUACCUGGGCAGGGCUCACCCCUUCCAGCACCUCAUUGCUUCCCAGUUCUCUGUGUAUGUGCUGGAUGAGCGGUUGCCGCUGGUGCCUGUGCUGAAGUGGACGCACAUGAUGAAGGAUCCCCCUCUCUUUGCCCAUCUGAUGCCAGGAGGCCCCGGGAGGAGCCAUAAGGUGCUGCUUGGUGCAUCUCGCACCCAGGAGCUGUUGAUGCUGCAAUACCAGGGGGGCAGGCAGUCGGCCUGCCGGCUGGUGGGACCUCCACAGAAGCUGCACAGCAUCGCCGGCUGCCUGCAGCACUUUCCCACGCAGCUCCCGCACCGCCACCACCUGCUUCAGCAGCGCCUCAGUGCCCCAGCUACUGGGCUGGCUGCUGCACUGCAGAAGGACGGACCACAUGAGUCCCUGCUGGUUUUCCAGCUCUCUGAGGCUGGGGAUGUCUUCUGCCAGAGGCUGACCCAUGAGGCAGUGAAGCCCCCUGCAGUCAUCUCCAGGACUGAGGCCACGGCAGGGCCUGGCUCUUCCCCUCUAUUUGAGAUUCCAGCCAGCAGCCCACCAGGCUUGGGCAGAGAGGACAAAGACGAGGUGGAGGAAGAGCAGACCUUCUAUUUGUCCAACCUGGAGGUGAUUUUCAAUGAGGAGGAGGAGGAAGAGGAUGCAGACACAUCAGCGGCCCUGGAGGAAGCUGAGCUCCCCCAGGAGCCCUGUGCUAGCCCCCAGCCCUCCCGGGCGGAGCCCAGCCCAGCUACGGCCAUACGGUACUGCCGGUGGCUGAAGGCCCUUUCCAAGGGCUGCAGGGAGCACCCCAGGCAGGCUAGUCCCGACACCUUCAGCCAGAAGCGCCUCUUCACCCGUAAAGAGCUGGAGUGGCCACCUGGCCCCAGUGCCCUGCACAGGCAGGUGCGCCAACAGCUGCGCCAGGCCAUGCGGGAAGGGGGGUGCAUCCGGCGCUGGGACCCCCCAGGCCCCCAGGCCCCUGCCCUCCUGCAGCCGGCAGAGGGUCUGGACGCCCUGAGCACCCGCCUGACGAAGGCCUGGUCCCGGGACUGGGAGCAGUCGUGGGAGGAGAGGAUGAGCUUCAACAUGGCGCAGAGGCAGCAGGCGUUGCGGGAGCGGCGGCAGCGGCAGAAGCGAUCCCGGGGCCGUCGCAGCCUUUCGGCUAGCUUCACCUCCUCCCUCACCUACCAGUCCGAAUUGUCGCAGCCCAGCGAUGGGGCCCCCGACCCGCGCCCCCCCAAAGGGGAGCCCCCCAAAGCAGGCUCUCCGCCGGGUGGCAGCCCCCUCCCGGCAUCGCCGCUGCACGACGACGAGCUCCUGUCCUCCCAGAGCCUGCGCAGCCGCGGCAUCCCGAAGGAGCGGCGCAAGACGCUGCGGGACUACCUGGCGGUGUGGGCCGAGGUGCCCCCCGAGCCGCCGGAGCCCCCCGGCAGCCAGGCCAGCCAGCAGUGCAUCCCCUCCUCCCAGAGCCAGCUCUCCUCCCAGAGCCAGCUCUCCUCCGCCUCCCAGCCCCGCCGCAAGCGGCCGCGCAUGGGCUUCUGAGCACCAAUAAACGCCGCCUGGCCAGUC